AUGACCCAAGAACGCUCACGGAAAGCCCUCAUUAUCGGCGCAGGCCCAGUCGGCGCACUCACAGCCCUCAGUCUCCAUCGCCAGGGAUGGGACGUUGAACUGUGGGAAUCCAGAGACGGCAAGUAUUACCAUGGACGGACCAUGGCCUUGACUGAUAAUUUGCUAGAUCCUCGAGGCGAAGAUGCCCCAAGCAACCUUCGUUCAAUCAACCUCGCCAUCUCAUCCCGAGGUCUCUCGGCUCUUCAAUCCGUCGACCCUGCCCUCGCAACCGACUUUCUCGAAGAAGCUAUCCCUAUGAAGGGCCGCAUGAUCCACCAUACCGAUGGCAAGGAAGAGAGCCAGCUGUAUGACCCCAUACACGGGCAGUGUAUCAAUUCCAUCAGCCGACCGAUCUUGAAUCAGCGGCUGGUGCAAGCGCUGCCGGAGGGGAUCAAGACGCGGUUCAACACUAAACUUGAGCAUCUUGAUUUCAAGGCCAAGAGGGCGUAUGCGUCGACGUCCAAGGAAGGUGUUGUUCCUGGAGAAGAAGCGGGUGAAGAACAGAAGGUGACUGGAAAAGCGAGAGGGGAAGGGACGGCGUUUGAUCUGGUCAUCGGCUGUGACGGCAGUUGGUCCAAAGUCAGAGCAGCUAUGAUGAGGAUUGACCGGGUUGACUUUUCCCAAUCCUUCAUUCCCCACGCAUACAUUGAACUCCACAUGCCCGCUGAUUCAAGCCGCCCGGAAGGAUUCGCCAUGGACAAGAACCACCUUCAUAUUUGGCCUCGUCAUGCAUUCAUGCUGAUCGGUCUCCCCAACAAGGACGGCUCCUUCACCCUCACCCUCUUUCUUCCUUUCGACUCUCUCGACAAGAUCAAGACGCGAGAACAAGCUUCUGCAUUCUUCAAAGACAACUUUCCCUCUGCUGUCGACAUUGUCGGCGAGAAGCUCUUACUGGACGACUUUGAAAACAACCCCCGCGGAAAUUUGGUCACCAUCAACUGCACCCCAUCAGCCUGGUCUUCCCACGCCCUCCUGCUCGGCGACGCUUCCCACAGUAUGGUCCCCUUUUACGGCCAAGGCCUCAACUGCGGGCUCGAAGACGUCCGUGUCCUUUCUACCAUCCUCGCCCGGCACAAGAUCUCUGGCAAGACUUCUAUACCGUUGGGAAAGAAGGAUGAUGGGUUGGAGUUGGCUUUGAGGGCGUAUUCGGUGGAGAGGGAGGGGGAUUUGAAGGCUAUCUGCGAGCUGGCUUUGCAAAACUACACCGAGAUGCGUUCUCACGUCCUCUCUCCCAUGCACCACCUCCGCCGCCACCUCGACACCCUCCUCACAACCCUCUUCCCCACCCUCUCCCGCUCUUCCCUACCAACAACCUCCCUCUCCUCUCUCCUCGCUUCCGAAUCCUCCUCCACCGCUUUCCCCACAAACAAAGUCAAAGGGUGGACGAGCAUGUACAAUAUGGUCACGUUCAGGCCCGAUGUGGGGUAUGCAGAGGCGAUGAGAAAGGAGAGCUGGCAGAAAGAGGUGGUGGGAUGGGUUGGGUAUGUUGGUGGGGCGGUGAGUGUUGGUGCGCUGGGUUUGGGUGUAGUGGUGGGUGCGCGUUUGGCGAGGACGUGGUUGGAGAGGCGAUAG